UGAAAAGAAAGAAAAACCAACCACCAACCAACCCCUCGUGUGUUUGUGUAUGUUCUUGGUUGUCAACCCCUACAAAAAGAGUUUCCCACGAAGCUUCCCACCUUCCUUCCUCCAUAGCUCUUUUUCUCCCUUCCUUUCUUUCCUUUAAUCUUUUCUCCCAAACGCUGCCCAAUUUAAAGACAGAGACAAAGACCCACCGGCCUCACUUCAUCACUCUCACUGUCCUCCUCCACUCAGACCUCACGGCAGCGCCGCCGUUGAAGCAGCAGCACCGCCGCUGAAGCAGCCGCACCGCCGCUGAAGCAGCCGCAGCAGGAAAAGUUGUGUUCUUACUAAUUUCUAGUUCAUGGAGCACAACAUUUGCCCAGCUUUUACGAUGAAUCGGAAGAGAAAAUCCCUAGAGCAAGAUGAUUGCAUUUCAAGCACCUUUGGUAUGGAUGAGCUUAAUGAAGACCUUCUCGAAAGGGUGCUGUCGAGACUACCAACAUCUGCCUUCUUCCGCCUUACUUCGGUGUGCAAAAGAUGGAAAUCAGUUGCAUCUUCUCCCAGUUUUAAGCUUGCCUGCUCUCAGAUCCCCUCUCGGGAUCCAUGGUUUUUCAUGGUCGAUCCCUUUCUCAAUCGAUCAAUUGUCUUUGACUCCUCUGAAAGAAGCUGGAAGAAACUCAAUCAUCCCCCUCUCCUGCAGACAAACUCCAACUGCAAUUCCAUGCCUGUUUCAGCAUCUGGUGGCUUGAUCUGUUUCCGCAAUUCACAGGGCAACUUCAUUGUAUCCAACCCCGUAACAGGAGUUUGCAACGAACACCCUCCACUGGAUCCAUCCUUGCAAAAUCUCACAUUCCAUGCCAUUGUGAUGAGCUCAUAUACAAAGUAUGAUCAGUCCUCUUAUAAGCUUGUUGUAGUCUUCGGCGAGUUUCCAAAACUGUCCUUUCGAGUGUAUAACUCAAGCACUGCCUGCUGGGAAGAAGAGACAGCCUUGUGUAAAAACUUUGACGAUGAUGAUUCAACAGAAUCAGACUCAAACGAUGACAGUGCCGUUUACUUCCUUAGCAAGGCUGGAAACGUAGUGGCAACCAACAUGCAAAGAAGCCCAUCCAAGCAAUACUCGUCCGUCAUGACUACCAAAAAUGGCGAGGAGACACUCCAUUUCCUCAGCUCAUCAGGCUCAGUUGUAGCCUGCAACCUGACCACCAAGUGCUUCUCGGAGUACCCCAGGCUACUCCCAGUCUUCUUCGAGUACUCCAUUGACUUGGUAGCAUGCGGAGGCAGAAUGCUGGUGGUUCUUCUCUCAGAAUUCUUCGAAAGCGCGAGCCUCAGGGUGUGGUGCUACGAUGAGGAAGCUCGAUCGUGGCAACAAAUUGCAGCAAUGCCUCCCGCGAUGUCACACGAGUGGUAUGGCAAGAAUGUGGACAUAAACUGCGUAGGGGCCGGUGAUCAGUUACUGAUCUGCUUAAGCUCUGCCGAGAUUUCGAGCUGUGUUCUGUGUGACUUGACUGCCAAUGAUUGGAUUGAAUUGCCCAAAUGUUUUGUGGAUGGUGAAGCCAUCAAGUUCUUGUCUGCCUUCUCAUUUGAGCCAAGGAUUGAGGCUUCUAUGUGAUAUGAAAAUUGUGUUUUUGGAUUUAUAUUUUUUGCUUCUUGAUCUUUUAGCAUUUGUCUUAGAUUCUGUGUUGCAUUGUUUAUAGCCAAAUGGAAAAUUGGCUCUGAUUUUAUUGUACAAUGGAAAAUUGAUUUUAGAUUGAUGAGGUAGAUCAAUGUAAUAGACUUCCAUUUGUUGGCCUUGUAACUCUUCAUGUUCUAGUGGAUUUUCUCUUUUGUUAAAUAAGGGAGACGUUUCUCUU